AUGGAGUACGUCCACACGCAGUGUCUCGAGAUCUACAACAACGCAGCACUUCUCACCUCGGGCUUGCACCGCUUUCCCGACUCGGUUACUUUGUUGAUGAACGCGGCGCAGGUCGCCCAAGACCGUGGCAACGACGCCGAAGCGUACUCGUUCUACCUAAAGGGCCUGGCCAUCGACCCGACCAUCGAAUCGCUGCUGGCCAAGUACGCCAACCGUGCGCCAAAGCUCGCCAACCCGCUGCAGUCGGGCACCGCAGCCCAUGGCCGCCUAGUAGAGCGCGUCGACCACGAAGAGGCCAAGCGGUUCUAGCACAGUACACCUCCAUA